AUGGAGAUAGAGGAAGGGCAAGCCCAAGCAAUCGAACAGUUUGUGGACAAUGCUUCUACUCUCGACACCACCUCCUCUCUCGCCAACCUCAUCGUCGAUGCCACCUCUCACCCUUCUCUCUUCGCUUUCUCCGAGAUUUUAUCCCUCCCUAAUCUCCUACAGCUACAAGGAACUGAGGAUUCUGCUUAUCUUGAUUUGCUUCGCUUGUUUGCUUAUGGAACCUGGCGUGAUUACAAAAGUAAUUCUGGUAUGCUACCAAAGCUGUUACCUGAUCAAAUCCUCAAGCUCAAACAACUCACUGUGCUUACUCUUUCUGAGACCAAUAAGGAUAAACUCUUGCUUCUUGUUAUAGUUCUCUCUUACGAUAAACUUCUAGAGGAACUUGAGGUUUCUAACGUGCGUGAACUUGAAGACUUCCUUAUCAAUGAGUGCAUGUAUGUGGGCAUAGUCAAAGGGAAGUUGAAUCAGCUGGGAAGAUGUUUUGAGGUGCAAUUUGCAGCAGGGAGGGAUCUGAUGCAUGGGCAGCUUGGGAGUAUGAUAGAUACAUUGGGAAAUUGGUUAGCCACUUCAGACAAUAUGCUUCCCUUGAUUGAAGAACAGAUUGAUUGGGCCAGUAAAAUGUGUCAGUUGGACAUGGAUCACCAGCAGGAACUCCAAGGUAGAAUUGAUGAAGCAAAGACAAAAAUCCAUUUUAAGAAAUCACAGUACAAGCAGGGCCUUUGCUUCUGGGAAAAUGGUGAUAAUUUUGACUGUCUUGGUGAAGCAAUGGCACAUGAAGAUGAUCUCCUCCGAUCCAAGAGAAACGCAGAAUGGGCUGGAACGACUGCAUACGCUUACGCAAGGACAUUUGAUCCAACAAGUUACGGAAUUCAUGGCGCCAUUACUGGAAAUCUGAGAGGUUUGCUCGAUGAUUUUUCUCAUAUAUCUACAUGA